AACUAGAAGGCAUAUGUGUUCUUGCAUACAUCCUGAUAUGUAUUGAAUAUGCAUCAUGUAAAGCAAACAUUUUAUUGAUCAUCUGUGUCAUUAUGAACAAACUUUUUUUUGUGCCCUGUAAUACUUGCACCCCACUAAUUUGGUUACUUGUGCUAUACCUGCUGUUGGCUGAAGAAAUCUUUAAUAGUAAUUUGGUUUCUCUCCCUCUCUUUCAUUUUUUGGGGUUUUUUUUGUAUAGAUUGUUCAUUUUAAUGGCUGGGAAUUCCAACCAACAGAAAUGAAUGAAGAGUGUGAAUAUUAGAAAUAACUUGCUUCAUGGCACCUGUAAUAGUACAUGCAUUACCCCAAGUCUGCUCACAUUGAGAAGAUGGGAUUAGCCUGUUGUGUGAUUUAUAAUAGUGCAUGCAUUACCCCAAGUCAGCUCACUGUGAGAAAAUGGGAUUAGCCUGUUGUGAGAUGGGAUUAGCCUGUUGUGAGAUGGGAUUAGCCUGUUGUGAGAUGGGAUUAGCUUGUUGUGAGAUGGGAUUAGCCUGUUGUGUGAUUUUUGCCAGCACAUGUACAGUUUACACAUCACCAGUUUUGAGAGCGUUAGUUCUCUGGCGUGAGGAUACCUUUAUUUACAUCGGGUUGGUUACUAUGGACAUUCAUUUCUAUUAUGUGCUUUGCUGGCCAGACCAGAAUUUUAAAAAAGCUUGUCGCAAACCAUACCCACAGCAGGCUGGCUAUAUUGUGCUUAUGUAUAGACCACUUCAGUAAAGCAUAUAGGAAAUCUGUUUGUGUUGCUUCCCCCCCCCCCCAGAAAUGUUAAAUACUCGAGAAAUUUUCUAAAACGAAAGAGAAAUAUAUUUGGAAAUAAAAGUAAAGGUUUUCCAAAUGUUCUGAAAUUAAAUGAGCUGUAAUUUUGAACUUCCAUUUUAGUGAGAGAUUUUUUUAUUGAAAAAGAGAACAGGUUGUUUAGAGUUCACAGUAAUGUUUUACUAUUUAUUGUGUUUCAUUUUGAAUAUUACAUACUACAUGUUAUGAAAAAUGGCCAAUUAUUAAACUGCUUUGUUCAUUUUCAUACGUGAAAACAUUUCAGUGUCUUUAUAGGUCCUUAUAUCAGUGAUAUUCAGGUGAAACAGUUUGUUUUUUUCAUUAUUUUUUAGUUUUUAGCCAAUCGUGAGUCAUGGUGAUUCAUAGUAGAUAAACUGAGUAUGAGCAAAAUCCUUUUUUAUGAGUGCUAUAACUUGAUUGAGUUGUGAAAGUCGAUGUACUAUAUGCAGUGUAAUGUGUAAUUAUUUUGUUCUGUGAACAAUUGGAUGCAUCUGUUGACAAAUGUAGAUAAUGGUAAUCCCUUGAUCUGAAGUUUACACCUCUAUAGAUUGGUUCAGUGUUAACUUUAGUUUUACACUUGUAACAAUUAGGAAAGUGAUAUUCGGUCACUUUGUUUUCUUGAAUUUUUAUAAAAUGUAAUUAAUUUUCACCUGUGGUGAAUUGACCUAUUGUCUCGUUUGCAGACCAAAUACAUGUACAUGUAUGUAUGUAUGUAAAUAUAUUGAGCUUUAAUGUCACAGUUGUCCAUUGUAUUUCACAAUUGAUGCAAAGGGAUGGAUUUAAAAGAUCAUGAUAAAGGAAUUUCAAAUAAGACUGAAACUCUGUGAUCUUAACAAUAUCUUUUUAUUUUCAAAAAGAAUUAAGCACUUGCUUUAUAUAGAAUAAAGCUAUGCUGGUGUGUAAUUUUUUUUUUUUUUUUUUUUUUUUUGAUUUGAUGCAUUAAUGCUCUUCAUAUCACUCAAAACCAUGUUGAAUUUAGAAUGUUACAUGUAUAUAUAAUUUGGAAUAUAUGAUAUUGAUAACUACAUUGUUUUUCGGGAACAGUUUAAAUGAAGUCAAAAGAUAUUUUCAAUAAAGAAUUAAAAAAAUUGUGAAA